CGAAUCCCCCACCCUUAUAAUCGAGAGGCGUAGGUAGGCGAGGCUGCCGUUAGAGAGCAUGGAUCAAUCAUCAAUAUAUCGAUCGAUCCAGGUAUCAUGCACGCAGCCGCACUGAAUGCCUAGCAAGCUUAGUUCGUGAAGAGACCGACCGGGCAGCAGUGAGCAGUGAGCUGAUUGCGAGCGAGCAAGAAUAUAAUCGAUGGCCGCCAUAGCUAGCGUGCUCCCAGCUCUUACCCAGAUCACCUCGUCCAUUGCGUCCACCGCCAACUACGGCCUCACCCGCGUGCUCAGCUUCACCGGCUCUUUCAACGACGACCGGACCAGCCUGCUGCUCGCCCCCGCGCCCGCGCCCGCGCCCCCGCCGGAGCAGGAGCCCACCUCUCCGUCGGUAGCAGACGAGACGCCUGCGCCGGGCACGUUCGACAUCGAGGCGGCAACGCCCGCAACACCACUAGCCGAGGGCGGCGGCGGCGGCGGGCAGGGACACCACGAGACGGCCACCCACGACCAGGACGCGGAGUCGAAGCGUGUGGCGAAGAGUGUGCACACCGUCUGCCUCUUCGCGGCGUCCGCCUCGCUGGUGCUGUUCGUCAACCUCCCCGGCAAUAAGGACGACGACGUCCCGAGCGCGAGCAAGCCCGCCGGCGCCUCGGCGGCGGCGGCUGGGGAGCACGGACCCGGUGGCGGCGGCCUGUACAGCGCCGGCCUGGCGUUCAUCAGCCUCGGCUUGUUCUCGAGCCUCGGGCUCUCCAUGCUCUCGAUCGUGGCGAGGCCCGGCACCGCGGUGCAGAAGUGGGGGAUGGUGGUGGCCGUCGCGUCCGUGCUCGUGGCGUUCACGCUGCGCAUGUGCAUGGUGCUCCCCGCGGCGUCGCUCUAGCCCGGCGUGUAGUUCGCCUUCGUCCUCCUCCUCGCCGCCUCGCCGGCACGGUGUGGCGCUCUGGAAGUUGUCGGGGAUGGACGGUUGCCCGAGCUCCGAGCCAUGGAGCAGCGCAAGCGACUAGGAAGUGGACGACAUUGGACAUUGCAGUAUUAUUAGCCACGGUUUUUAAUUCACCAUUUGUG